AUGGGCUCGCCUGCUGCAAGCAGAAGCAGCGCCCACCUCCUCCUCCUCCGCCUUCUCCUUCUCCUCAUCGCUGGCUUGCACCUAUCUGGAGCCCAAUCUCCCGUCCCCGCCCCCGCUCCGGCUCCCGCUCCAGUGACAGUGGCCCCUCCUACCCCUCUCGCUCCGCCCGCCGAUGCCCUCCCCCCUCCCGCUGUAGUCGCAGAUGCCUUCUCGUUCAGCUUCGACUUCACCGACAAAUCCAACUACCGCCAUGAUGACCUCAAGUUCGAGGGCGACGCCGCCGCCCACACCAACCAGGUCGACCUCACCUGCAACACCGAAGGUUGCGAUAAUGUGGGACGCGUGUCGUACGGGCACCCCGUGCCCUUGUACGACAGCGCCACCGGAGAGGUGGCCAGCUUCCAAACGAGAUUCACCUUCAACAUCUCCACCGACAACUACGCUACCAGGGGAGAUGGCAUGGCUUUCUUCCUCGCCUAUUUCAAUUCCACGAUUCCUUCGUCCUCGUGGGGCUGCCUCGGCCUCACGUCCCUAGAUGGAGGCGGCAGCAAUUGCCUGACCGCCUUGGGCACCGACCAGUUUUUGGCCGUGGAGUUCGACACGUUCCACGACACCUGGGACCCCUACGGCAACUACGACCACAUCGGCAUCGACAUCAACUCCAUGAUCUCGCUGAACACAACAAGCUUGACGAGCUUCAACAUCAGUUACGGCAACUCCAUGACGGCCAUCAUCACCUUUAACAGCACCACCCAGGUGCUUGUCGCCGACCUGUCCGAUGACGCUGGUAACUAUCCCCCCGUUCAGGUGAGCAAGCAGUUACACGAGCCGCUCAACACCAUGUUCCCGGCUCUAGUGGCUGUGGGGAUUUCUGGGGCCACCGGCGACAGCAUGGCGCAAAAUGGGAUACACUCGUGGUCCUUCAACUCGUCCCUUGCUCUGCCCCACAAAGGUAAAGAGAUGAAGCCAGCGAUAAUUGGAGGGUCAAUUGGAGGAGCUGUGGCAUUGGUGGUUGUGGUUUGGUGUAUCCUCUCGUGCUUCAGGUGGAAAAAGAGCACUAAAAGCCAUGAUUUUGUGACACGAACUGGAGGACCUAGACAGUUCGACUACCGUGAUCUGGUUGUUGCAACGGACAACUUCUCAGGGGAGAGGGUUAUUGGGCGAGGUGCCUUUGGAGUAGUCUAUAGGGGUACCUUGAUCUCCAAGGGAUCAUCAUCAUCAUCAUCAUCAUCAGUUGUGCACUCGAGAGAACCGGAUGCAUUGUCCUCCAUGGAAUCGGGUGCGUCAUCGAACAUCGAACCGAAGGAAUCAGACAGCGGUCAGGUGGCUGUAAAGAAAAUCUUGAAUGAGCCAAGGGGAGGAAAUCUUGACUUCGUCGCGGAGAUGAGCACCAUUAGUGCAGCAAAGCACAAGAAUCUCAUCAAACUGAAAGGUUGGUGCUGCAAAGAAAACAGCCAAAACAUGCUUGAUUUCAUGUGUUGGUCCUCCAGGAAGAAGAAAGAUGACGAGCUCUUCCUUGUCUAUGAACUGGUGCCUAAUGGUAAUCUGCAUUACCACCUACGUGAGAGUGAGCAAGUGAUAGCAUGGCCAACAAGGUACCAAAUCAUCAAAGACAUUGGCUCUGCUCUUAUUUACCUCCACCAUGAUUGUGCUCCUUAUAUUCUGCAUAGAGAUAUCAAACCAAGCAACAUACUCCUAGACAACAAUUUCAACGCCAAGCUUGCUGACUUCGGGUUGUCGAGGAUCGGCAACCAGGACAAUGCAACAUUAUUGACAAACGCCAUAGGGACAGAAGGGUACAUAGAUCCAGAAUGCAGGAAAGUUGGAAAAGUAAAGUUCUACCCGAGCUCCGAUGUCUACAGCUUCGGAAUCGUCCUGCUAGACAUUGUAUGCACAGGGAAGUCGAGGGAGCAAGUCUGGGAGUUGUACAUAAGAGGAAAGGUCAUGGAGGCUGCAGAUGGAAGGCUUCAUGGCGGCGACGACUUGGACAAGAGGCAGAUGCAGCGCGUGGCUAUCCUGGGACUCUGGUGUUCUCUUCUUGACAGUUCCAUGAGGCCUACCGUUAGGAAAGCAAUGGAGGUCUUGGAACGUGACGAGCCGUUGCCUGACCUGAACUACUUGGUGAACACUUCGGUGCCCUCAGCACAACAAGACACCUACACCAUUAACUCUGACCAGCAUGCACUUAUGAUAGAUGAGAGCUAGAUCUUUCAGUGCGUCACAAGCAUGACUUUUCGGAUCGUUACGUCAGUCAACGCGGACUACUACACUAUAUAUAGUUAUAUACACAUGCAUGGAUAUAGCAUGCUCUCAAUGUUCCUACUUACCAACGAUCAACGUGGGGUGCAUACUUCUCAUGCAUCUCAGGGUCAAUCUAUAUUGCUUUUGCGGUUUGCAGCAUGUAUUCAUGUUGG